AUGUCAAGUUCUAACCAUCUAAGUAUACCCCAGAGUCCUAUUUACACAACGUCUUCUCCCUCUACUUCAACGCCCACGUCAACACCAUUUAAUCCAAGAACUCACCGACACAAACGAUCACAAGCUAUACUGGGAGACUUUGACGGUCUAGGACUAUUUAAUAUACCCCCUCCACCACCAGUAACCUCGCCAGGUGGUAGUAGUGCAGGCGGUGGUUCCACAGUCAUUGCUCAGUCAAUACCCAAUACCAAUACACCACGCACAUCAUCGUCUGCAGCAUCAGCAUCAGCAUCACACUAUGGCCACCGGUCAGCCUUGUCCAGUGUGAACGUGUUUGGCAGUCCCGGCUGCAGCAGCAACAGCAUCUAUAUUAAUAAGAACAACAACAGCAACAAUAACAACAACAAAAGCGCUGCUGGUAACGCUUCCGGUGUCAGGACCAUUUCAUCUUCUGCACCAAAGGAAAGAGUUGUUGGCUUUGCAGAUACACCUACAAUCAAAUCUGACGAAGAGUAUGAGCUAGAUCGACAUUUUCGGUUCAAUAACAAAGACGAUUUUGCCAACCCCAUUGAACACGCGUUUUCAUUUCCUAAAAGUGAAUAUGAGUCUCAACAUGACAAACUAGACUACGACGAUGAUCAUAAUCAUGAUCAUGGCAAUUUGAACCACAACUAUAGUACCUCACCAACAUUUCAAGGUGGAGUCACUUACACAACAAGCUUUAGGAAAAGCUUGAGCUCACCAAUACAAUUAUCCAAUAAACUAUCUCAUUCCUCAUUACGGCAUCAACAAAGCACCCCGCGGCUUCCUCAAUCACCUCGACAAUUGACUUACCAACCGCAACUGCAAUUGCAAGAACUGGAUGUGCCUGAUCCCGUUAUUGAUUUAGAUUACAUCCUCACUGCAAACCUCCACAUUGGGCUGCAACUCCACGACGACACCGUAUUCAAUACUGACGAUUUUUUGGGUUCACCAGCAAUUGCCGAGGAGGAAGACACAAUAGAGGAUAGGACAAUGCUAGCGUCAACAAAAACAGACCCGUUGUCAGAAAUAGUAACCACAACCCAUGCAUCUGCAACAGCACCACCACCACCAGCACCACCACCAGCGACAAAACUUCAUGACGAGAUUGAGGAGCAGGACUUGCAAGAACUACAAUUGGACGAAGUAGAGGAGACGGGUGAGCAGGAAAAGACUUUGCCACAACCUGCUCACAAUUUUUACUCACUGACUAACUCAUCGUCAUCCAGUUUCAAUUCGGUACCAAUACCACCAGCAACAGCAACCACCGCAUCGUCCUAUCCUGCACAACCACAACCGCCAACCCCAUCAUUCCAAACUCCUACACGGCAGAGAUCAGGAGCUAAAGCUCAUAGAUAUCAAAUUUUUUACGACCAGUCUAAUCGUAUUUCCAAUGCAAUGAGAGGGUCUGCUGAGAGUAUCGAACGAAGUAAUACAAACACUCCACCAUUGUCUGCAACAACUUCAGGACUACCACAAUCGCCAACAAUUUCAGCAAUAUCCAGUCCCUACAAUUCCACCACGUCACAAUCUGCGCAAACGUCUAAUGCAGGGCAAGCUCCUUUCCUGUUGCAACAACAUCCACUGCAACAACCGGCUUUACGCAAGACUCGAUAUCUCAACCAUUACUCAUCGUUGCCUACGUUAAAGAGCAAGCGUUCUUUCUCCUCGAUAAGGUAUAAUGAGUUGAAGAAGGCGUCAUCCCCAACCAAGGAGUAUUAUCGAUUACAAUCGACAUUAUCGCCGUCAAAGUACAAUGGAAAUGUCAAUUCUAAUAAUGUGCAUUUUGGAUACAGCAAUGGCAGCAGCAACAACAGCACCAACAGCAACAGCACCAACAGCACCAACACCACCAACACCAACACCACCAACACCACCAACACCAAUAUCACUAUUAGUCCUAUUGACUUGGCAACUUCAUUACAUCCACCAGUACCACAAUGCUCCACUCCAUCCACUUUAGCCACACAAUCAACUGCCGAGUCGGUAUCCACUGCGAUUAGCAAUAAACGAGCAGAUGCGUCAACUAGUCCAAUCAGUGUCAACUCUGAAAUAUCGUCCAUGGUAAUCGCUGAUACAAAACUGCUGACAACUCAACAAACAGAAGUUGUUGAAUCUGACUCCAAACCAUCAAUUGUUGUUUCCACAAAAGAUUUGGAACCGUCGCUGCCUAAUCAAGGUUCGGCGUCAACAAUCUCAGGGCUGUUGUUUCCAAUUCCUCAACUGGGACAUAGCAAUGAGAACCUGAUUCUGCUUCAGAGUGAGUCGACCAUCCUGAAUACCCUGUCAUCUCCACGAAUCGUGACAACCGCUUCUAUAACCAAUGGUUCAAACAUGUCGCUGUCCUCCAUACUCCAAGAGCAUAGCAGCAACAACAACAGCAACAACAAUGAUAGUCACUCGGACAAACCCCAUCCACAGAUUGUGUUGGCGCCACCAUCAUCGGAUAUAGGGACUAUCAAAUCACUGCCGUUAUCGUCAUCUACGUCAUCGCCUAUAUCACUGACAUUCAAACUGCCCGGCGCGUCGAUGUCGAUGUCGAUGUCAACAUCAACUCCAAAAAGAAAAACAAGUGAGUUGGAGUUGCCUAGUACUGGUGCAACUUUGUCUCGUCGACCACUAUCACCAACAGAAUCUAAUUUCCUCAAACAAACCCAAAUUCCAAAACACACAACGGUGAGGUUGGACGCCCCCAUGAGCAAGUACGAUUAUCUCAAGUAUCCGAACCUGAAACGUGAGAAGAUGUUGACGAAGAAACAAGGAGGACUCCAGGAGAAAAACGUCGCUGAUGCCAAUGAGCAACUGUCUAGUUUGUCCAAAGCGGCAUCAUCUACGUCUAUACAACAUGAUGAUGGGGCUGCUUUGUCACUCAGUUGGACAAACGAGUCGAAGUUGAAGAAAUUACAACUUGGUGGCACAGGUGCAGCAGGUGGAGAAGAAGCGAGACGAAGAGGCAGGGGAGGAGGACACACCAGAUCAAAGAGCAAUGUUGAGGAUUCAUUGUCGCUGGCGGGGAUGAAACGUAGCUCGAGGUUUUUUGACUGGUUGAGAAAGAAGUAG